GCUCGUCAGCCUAAAAUCGCGCCUGCGCGCUGCGUUUCUUCCUUUCUGUGCUCCGAGCCACUUUGCGGAGAUAUGGCUAAACGGACCAAGAAGGUCGGGAUCGUCGGUAAAUAUGGGACGCGUUAUGGUGCCUCGCUCAGGAAAAUGGUGAAGAAAAUUGAAAUCAGCCAACAUGCCAAGUACACUUGCUCGUUCUGCGGCAAAACCAAGAUGAAGAGACGGGCAGUGGGGAUCUGGCACUGUGGUUCCUGCAUGAAAACGGUAGCUGGCGGUGCCUGGACCUACAAUACCACCUCUGCAGUCACGGUAAAGUCUGCCAUCAGAAGACUGAAGGAAUUGAAAGACCAGUAGAAGCUCUACCAUUGGAAACAUCUCUAGCCUGUAAUAAAUGGGUUCAUUUAUGUAA